GCGUCCCCCAGAAACCGGGUUUCGAAAGAAGCUGGGUCUGGGUGGCAAAAACCAGUAGUGUUCUUGAAAAGCCAGGAUUGGGCGCCUCAACCUCUCAUUAGGAGCGUUCUCUGAACGUCGUGCUCCCGAGCGACUUCUCGACCGGCUUAUCACAUCGCAUUGCUACUGCUGAAAAUGGUGUAUACAGCUGAGCCUAUUAGUCUUCCGCGCCCCUUUGACACCACCCAUGCUUGUACAGAAACACCACAACUCUAUCCUCAGACGGCGCACCACCGCCAAGACAGCUCGAGCAUGCCCUCAAUCUCUCACUGCACGUUUGAGCGAGGGUUUAUGGAAGGUCCGCCCGAUGAUCCGGCGUUAUCAGCACCACUCUACGACGGACAGCACCACCUACACCAGUCGGCAACCCCUCCCUACACGAUGCCGCCGCAGAAUGCGGGCCGCGAUGGCACCUAUUCGCCGGUAAUGGGAGACAACUCUUACCCGCAACAACCGUACCCCGGCGCGUCGUCGAGUAUGGUGCCACAGAGCGCCACAGCGGCAUCGGCUCCCCGACCGAUCGAUCCGGCUCCCGCCACCGCCGGCGGUCGGGCCCCACCUGUCCUGCGCCCGAUGCCUGUCGGUGGAGUGAUGUCACAGCUGGGGAUGAAGUCUCCGUACAGCCAGCGCCCGCUAAUGCCUCGGGCUUCUAUGAUGCCCGACAGCGAUCCGCCCACACAUGUGGUGGGCUCGCAGGGCCGUAGAGGCAUUCUGCCCAGCACUCCAGGCCCGCCCGCGGCACUAGUUGCCGGAACGACUCAGGCGAACAACCAGAUCUUCCUAAAGAUGCUGACGAGAGGUUCCCUUGCCCUUACUGUACCAACACUUACGGGUAUACGAAGCACUUGAAGCGCCACCUCCUCAACCACACCGGUCACCGGCCGUACAGAUGCAUUUUGUGCC